CCACAGUCAGUCGGCUAAGUUCACGAAGGGACUGACGGAGGAGCGUAUUGUUGUGGCUACGUCGGCCGGUGGUCGUGUCGUACCCGUCGGUUGGGCCUUCGUUAAGCCGGGUACACGGAGGGGAAGGGAUUAGUGCGCUCGGUCGUCGAUGGUUUGUCUCUCGUUUGCCGAGAAAAGUCCUUAGCCGAUUAGAUUAGAUUAGACGAGUUCGUGCUUGCGCACGAUUCCUCGUAGUGGCACGUUGACUGGAACGCGGGUUCUGUGCAACGUAGCUUCGCUUAACUGACACGUUUAUUCGACCGCGACUUUAACGAGUGUUUACACGGGAAUAAAGUGUUUGCGUUAACAAUAUACCCUUUUCAGGGCUAAGGGAUGUUCGUCGAUGUGAUUAAAUGGACGAGAAUAAUAAUAAUGAGACGCGCAGGAAAGACGAAAAUUCGUGUUAGGUGUGAUCGCACUGUACAGCGAUAAAGUGUUCUAAUCUGUCUGUCUCGAGGUAGGCAUCGCCAGUGCCGAAGGUUAAGUGUCGUAAGAUUCGAUGGUUUGCAUGAAACUUAAAAGGAAGCCACGAAAAGUAUUCAAUCCGCUUCCACGUAUUAACACGAGCCGAUUGACCUUGACGACUGGCCGCUACCACGAGCAUUGCUUCUAUUCUUCAUCAGGCCAGUGAAUAGACCCGAAGGUGUGGAUACUUGUCGCCCUGAGACUCGCGACACGAGUGGACGUCGCGACGCCAGAGUGAAGUUGAAGUAAAAGGACUUUUUUUUUUUUUCUUUCACGAGAAUAAUAAACACAGUGAGAAAGUUCGGUUAAAGUAUUUCGAGUGGAAAAAUUGCUUUUUCGAUUUGAUUUUUUUUUUUUUUUUUUUUUUUUAAAUCGUUUCCUCAACGUUGACGAAGAGAAGGGUAACGCCGUGCGCUCUCAGCCUUGGCUGAAGUGCCGUUAUCAAAGUGGCCAGCAGCCGUUUCGUCUGUUUCCGGCCGGUUUAAUUCGAUCCUCCAGUCAUGGUCGAUCGGGAAGAGCGUGAGACGGUGCUCGCGCGAAAUCAACCGGGCAGAAAGUCCAUUCGGCCCUCCAGCUUCCGUCGGACCUUCAACAACGAGGUAGCUGGGCUACGUAGGCAAACGGACGAGACGUCCAACGGAAGUGCGUCGAGGACGUCGUCGUCGACGGCAUCGCCUACGUCACCGCGAACAUCGGAGGCAUUGAAACAGUGGGAGCUGAUCGAGGGAGACGCUGGUCUUCAGGUGGUCGAGAGGAGGAUCUCCAAUGCCAGUAGUUCCGGUUCGACCGGGAGUCCUGCUACCACACGUAAAAAGUAUCCCAGACCCUUGUUCAUCAACGAGAGGACCAAGAACUCCAUCGUCAGUCAGAAUAUUCAGGACUUCGAAAAGGGACUAAAGAAAUUUCGAGCCUUCGAGAAGUCCAAUAUCAUAUCUUGCCUGACUUCUGGACCCACGUCCUUGCCCAUUACUGAUACGGAUAAUCGUCUUCCGGUCGAUCCUGGAAAACCCGUUAAACUUGAUCUCAUCCUCAAGCAGACCAAAGGAUCUCAGAAAAGCACUGACAUGCUUGACCAAUUGGAGCGUCAGGUCAAAGCUAUUGAGCUUGGUACCAUCGCUGCCAGGUCACGCCUCCAGGACAGCACCCAGGUCGAACCGGAAAUCGAACUACGGUACAGAGAGCACGAGGAUUUGCUGAAGAACGUUACGGACGAUGAGGCUGAGGGGGCUUCGCCGUUGCAACGCGGAGAAGCGACCAGGAACUCAACCGGAAAUGCCGGUAUCACGGCGAAGAGACCCGCCGUCAAGUUGUCCAGAACAGCCUCGGACACGAGACGCACUCAGGACAUGGAAAUGCCGCUGAAGGUACAGUCUCGGGCCCAGCAGGCACGUAACCUCGGGAGGCCGAUGAUCACUAAGAGGCAGCAGCAACAGGAAGGCAACCUCAGCGCGAAGCCAUUGUCCAGUGUGAUACAGAAGGCUAUACAGAAUAUCGGUAACAAGGAGACGGGGGAUGGCGUGGGGGUAUCCAGUAGCGGGGGUCGGCAGUUGUCGAGAAGCCGAACCUCCGAGGAACCACACAUCGGCAAGUACAAAUUACUGAAGACCAUCGGUAAAGGCAACUUCGCCAAGGUGAAGCUGGCCAAGCAUGUCCCAACGGGCAAGGAAGUGGCUAUCAAGAUCAUCGACAAGACACAGCUGAAUCCCGGCAGUUUGCAAAAGCUGUUCCGCGAAGUAAGGAUAAUGAAGAUGCUCGACCAUCCAAACAUCGUGAAGCUGUUCCAAGUGAUCGAGACUGAAAAGACGUUGUACCUCGUGAUGGAGUACGCCAGCGGGGGCGAAGUGUUCGACUACUUGGUACUGCACGGAAGAAUGAAGGAGAAGGAAGCCAGAGCAAAAUUCAGGCAGAUUGUCUCCGCGGUGCAGUACUGCCAUCAGAAGAAAAUCAUCCACAGGGAUUUAAAAGCCGAGAAUCUGUUGCUCGACAGCGAGAUGAAUAUUAAGAUAGCCGACUUCGGAUUCAGCAAUGAAUUCACGCCGGGUAACAAAUUGGAUACCUUUUGCGGCUCUCCUCCGUAUGCCGCGCCUGAACUCUUUCAAGGCAAAAAGUAUGAUGGACCCGAAGUGGAUGUCUGGUCGCUUGGAGUUAUUCUAUAUACCUUAGUAUCCGGCUCACUGCCAUUUGACGGCUCGACACUAAGGGAGCUGAGGGAGAGGGUGUUGCGAGGGAAAUACCGAAUCCCAUUUUACAUGUCUACCGACUGCGAGAACCUUCUCAAAAAGUUUCUGGUGCUCAACCCGACGAAGCGGGCCUCGUUAGAGGUACGUGGCGAUAAGAACAUAAUGAAGGACAAGUGGAUGAACAUGGGAUAUGAGGAAGACGAAUUGAAACCGUACUUAGAGCCAGAACCAGAUUACAAGGAUCACAAGAGGAUAGGUGAGUCUGCCAAAGCCCUAGCCAGUAUGGGUUAUACGCGAAGUGAAAUCGAGGAUUCUUUAGGACAAGCGAAGUACGAUGACGUCUUUGCCACGUAUCUUUUACUCGGCAGAAAAACUACGGAUCCUGAGAGUGAUGGUUCGCGGUCAGGUAGUUCACUAUCAUUGCGUAACAUUCCGCCACAGGUUGGAUCAGGUGGCGGAGGGGGAGGCGGCGGUGGUGGUACAGGAGGUGCCAUCCAGAGUCCAUCGCACAGAGGCGUCCAUCGUAGCAUUUCCGCCAGCAAUCCAAAACCAAGUAGAAGGGCCUCGUCGGGCGGUGAAACUCUUCGCGGAGCACCAAGUCCAGGUAAUACGACGAACCACAAUCACGCAACUGCCACGACCGGCGGUACGACGGUGAUCGGGAGUGGCGGUAGUAAUUUCAAAAGGCAGAAUACCGUGGACGCAGCCACGAUUAAAGAGAAUAGUGCCCGGGUCUCUGCAAGUCGACCAUCGGCACCUAAAAAUAGUCCCGGACAGCUUGAUACCAUGACAAUGUUUAUUCUAGGCGUGGGAACCAGUCCUGGCGGUAAACCAAGAGUCGGCAAGAGCAACACGAUGAACGCAGGGGUAGUCGGCGGUCGGUCAGUUCAUUCGCCCGCACCUGGAUCCGUCGGCAGACGUAGCACCAUCUCCUACGACCAAGCUAAAACGUCUUCUUCGUCGACUGAAAGAACGAACGAUGUUCCCAGCCUGGGCGAGGGCACUAGGCCGACAAGGGGUCACACGAAGUCUGCGAGCAUCAGUGCAGGUCACCGUUCCUCGAGUGGCGUAACCCCCAGUGACCACUCGCUACUGGACCCUCAACCACGCAACGCCCACAACUCCUUACUCGCCACCGCUGACCCUCUUAGGCAGAGUUUGGGCGUAUCUCCAAGCAAUAGACUGGCGACACCCACGACACCAGCGUUUCCACGAAACGUACCCAGUCGCAGUACAUUUCACUCUGGGCAAAAUAGAGCGCAGCGAAAUCAUACUCAGUUGCAGGGUCACACGCACACGCAGGACACUAAUGCGAUAAGCCCACUGGCAAGGCCGUCCUUCUUCUCCAAAUUAUCCUCCAGGUUCUCCAAACGCCCCAUGGACCCAUCCGUACCCCCAAAGCAUCCAGUAGUGAGCGGUGCAACCACUAACGACGAGCAGGUAAAACCACGCAGUCUUCGUUUCACCUGGAGCAUGAAGACAACGAGCAGUCGGGAUCCGAACGAAAUAAUGUCCGAGAUAAGAAAGGUGCUGGAUGCUAACAAAUGUCAAUACGAGCAGCGCGAGCGAUUCCUCCUGCUGUGCGCACACGGCGACGCGGCGACGGACAGUCAGGUUCAAUGGGAGAUCGAAGUGUGCAAGCUUCCGCGUCUGUCCCUGAACGGCGUGCGUUUCAAGCGCAUAUCCGGUACCUCGAUCGGCUUCAAGAACAUCGCCAGUAAAAUAGCGAACGAGCUCAAGCUGUGACUGCCGGCCACCGGCGCACUUGCCGCUCGUACCAACCCCUAACCCUCUGGUGAGCUCAGCUAUCGACUGGUAUCCACCGAGGACCGUUAUUCGUACAUCAUCUGGGACUCGAGGAGCUCGUCGUCCGAAAGCGAAAACGAAUCCGAGGAGCAAGAGAUAUUUGUCUGACGUCCAUAUGGGCAGUUCACAGUCGAGAGCGCUUGCGAGUGACGUCAUUAGGAACUAUGAAAAUGCGUUGAACGGAAGUGCGACGCGCGAAUGAUUAUCGAAAACAGAAAUAAUUAACGUGCUCGUUGAAGGCUUGUUGUUUUGGCUGGAAAUGCUGAAGAUUGAGCCGUUGCGGGCGGGGGGUGGAUGGGGGGCUGGGUCGGAGGUCAAACGACGAAGCCUGUGAAUCCAUAGUUUGGCCGGAUGUGCUGGUAUAUAUGUGUAUUGCUCCGAAUACUCCCGAGUGCCAAAUAAAUGGCAGCGGAUUAAAAUAUAGUGUCCGCGACAGCCUCGAGUGAGAUGGUUAGAAAGAGAAUUAGGUUACGGAAUCAAGGAGGAACAGAGGAGAGGGAUGAAGGAGAGAAGGAGAGAGAAAGAGAGAGAGAGAGAGAGAGAGAGAGAGAGAGAGUAUGGAAUAACGUUAGAGACGUGUGUCGUCGUAUUCAUCCUCGCGCCAUCUUGAAUUAUGACGUAGACGCUCCUACCGAGGAUGGAUCUUCGGAUGCGAGAGAGACGUUACUUCGCGCAAGGAUCCUACGGAAUUACGUUAAAUAAAUAGAAAUCGGUAUGUCUUUGUAUUCGGUAUGUACAUGCGGAAUGUCCUUACCCCUAUGUCAAAGGAGGAAGAUCGUGCAAGUCGCGUGUGUAGAAGUCGUUUCGUUUCUGUAGCAGUAUUAUGGAACACCCGUAGUGAGUCUUGAUGUUGCAGUUGUUUGUUAUGAGGCAUAUAGCAUGAGAGGAGAGAAGGCCGAAGGUGGGUGGACGAAGAGAUUUGAAUGGAAGACAUGAUUUUAUAGUGAGAGAAAUUAAAGGAAAAAAUUAAUUACGGUUCACUCGCGUCUUUGGAAUUAAGAAAAAUAUUGGCAAGAAAAGUGAAAACGCUAUAUUAAAGCUACGUGUAUCUAUCGCUAAGUGUCUCUGCUGAAGUUAGCGGUUUUUUUUUUGUUUUACGAGAUGUCAUUUUCAAAGCAAUUCUGUCACGUAAAUUUACAGAGUACCUUUUCUUUCGUUUUAUAUAGAGGCCUAUGAUACUGUAGCGUUAUUGACGAGCGUGUGCCUAACGAGAAUAAUGAUGAGAAGGAAUGACGAGCGAGAGCGAGAAAAUUAUAAAAUCUAUUUAAUUAAAAUUUUCGAUCGCCCCGUUAUUGUACCGUAGUUUAAUCUCCGUCGAGGACGUAGACAAUUCCUUAUCAACGCGACGAGGUAUUGAUUUGAAUUUGAUCGAGCGAAUUAUUUAUUCGAGGAGAUUAAUUCGAUCGCGGAGACACCUGACUCCUCUCGGUGUUAGAAGAAAAAUACUAAAGUCUUUUCACAUCUUGGCUUUUAAGAGCACAGAGCAACUAUAAUGUCAAGAUUAUUCGUUUAUUCAGGGAGGAUUCUUCGUUCCUUUUCGUUUCUAUGUGUCCCUCGUGUCAAUUCUCACAUAUUCCUUGGACUCUCGAUUUGCAUGUUUCGUGAACGCAUAAGUCUGACCUAGCGAGAACGGGGUAGGGUUACUUUCUUAUUUUCUAUCGAGUACUUCUCACACGUUGUGACCGAUUAACGAAGAAGUCAAAAUAAAGGGAACGCAUAAACAGAGUCUUUGCGUCGACGAGUGUAGCUUAAAACUUUUGUUUGUGAAAAGGAAUGUGGGUUACGUGGAAAGAAAAAGAAACAGGAAAAAAAUACAAAAAAAAAGAACACAAACUACCUUCACCAUCCGCACGUCAAUGAGAACCAAUAAUUCUAAUUGAUUCUGGACGCUGCAUCGAAGCGCGCGCAGCCAUUAACUGUCUGUUUUUUUUUUCCUUUUUUUUUCCCGAAAUCAUUUUUAUGAUGCUUCAGUUCUUUUUCUAUCUGUAAUUGUAAGUUCGCAAAUACACAGCAUUAUAGACACUAGCCGAUUAAUUGGAUAAUAAUGAUGAUGACGAUUAAUUAUUAUUAUAUUAUUGUAUUAUUAUUAUCGUGAAAUAAGUAAAUAGGCAAAGAAAACACGUUAUUCUGAUGAUAGGAGAGAGGAGGAACUAUUAACACACAAUCUACGGAUGAAACUUGAUUCGUGCGACUUACUCGCGUGUCAUGUGAAUAAGAUAAGUAAGUACUUCAUCUUAAAAAGAGUUCGUAUACCUAAACUUGCAUUAUUACUAACGAGAUCUGCUAUUUCUACCGAGGAUAUGAUAAUAAUAAAUCUAGGUAUUAUAAUUGGCUACAUUGUAUUCUUUAUCCUUUCGUUAGCAGGUGCAUUUGCGGUCGAAGUGCGAACGAAAAAGAGUGAAAGAGAGUGAAUGAGAAAGGGAGAGAGAGAGAGAGAGAGAGAGAGAGAGAGAGAGAGAGAGAGAGAGAGAGAGAGAGAGAGAAAAAUAAAAUAAAAGAGACAAUGACAAAAGAUAUAAAAGAAAGAAAGAGAAAAUACAUUAGCAAAUGUUUAUGUACGUAGGAGGCGGGUUUUCAGAGUCACGGUGUAUAUAUAAUAUAAUAUAAUAUUAAAGGUACUAAAUUAAUGAAUGAGAGAGCCUCACACCGAAAGAGAUGUACUACACGGUUAUACAUAAAGAUACAUAUAUACACGGAAAUAGAGACAGAAAGAGAGAGAGAGAGAGAGAGAGAGAGAGAGAGAGAGUACGCGCGCGCGAGAGAAAGUGAAUGAAAGAGAAUGAGUGUCAAGAGAGAAAUAUAUAUAUAUAUAUAUAUAUAUAUAUAUAUAACAAAAGUAAUAUACAUAAAAAGAAUAUAAACGAGGAAUACAUAAAACACGAGGACAUUGUACCACGAUUUUCUGACAUCGUAAGCCAUUUUUAUAUUUGCCUAAGAUUAGAGGGAAGCAAAAAUAAGAAGAAAAAAAAAAGCAUAAGAAUUGCGUCAACGAGACUAUAGGCGGUCGUUAAUUUGUUGCGUAAAAAAAAAAGGAUGAGAAAAAGAGAAACGAAAGACAGGAACGUAAAGCGCAAGAGUGAUAAGUAGGAAGUGCACGUUGUGUUAUUUUUGUCACAUUUCCAUACUAGCCACUGUCAACGACCAAACUCGACAGAGUCAGCGUCAAAGUGUCUCGCGUUCGAUACUCGUCGUGCAAAAGCGUCGCGGCAGUGCGAUCGUACAGACUGGAUUUAAUUGUGAAAAAUCGUUAAUAUCUUUGUCACGUAAUUAUUUCUCAAAACCUUAUACACCACGUGGUGAUAUACCGAAAGGUUACCAACCUCAACGUUACGGUUAAUGGAAAUCGGGUUUGAAGGUCGCCGUUGCGUUUUAGAAGAAACGAAACGCGAAAGAAGAUGAACUCCUUCCGGUUGCGUACGUUCGUCACUUCCGGAUUACAGAGGUACCGCGCAUUAACGACACGCAAUCGUUAAUGGACUUGCUGCAAGCACAGGCGUCGGGACUUAUUAUAUUAAUGCGUAAUCAUAAAUACUUUAGUUUCCUCGCUUGGUAUUAAUAGUUAUUAUUGUAUCUAGGUGAGAAAGCAAAAGAAGAUGACGAACAAAAUGGCGGAACGCCGCGAACAAUGUAAAGUAACGGUUUUAAGGUUAUAUAUCGCUGGGCGUCAUUAAUGUAAGACACGUUAAAUACAUAAUAGUCUUUAAAUUCUCACUUGGUCGGAUGGGUCGAUUGAUUUGUGAAAAAAGAGAAAGAGAAUUAACGGCGUUUAAGGAAGAUUAACGGGGAGCGACAAAGGGCUUUAUUAUAAUUUUUUUUGUUUUCUUUCUUUCACCGCUGCUCCACCACCCACGCAACCCCCCUGUUCUUAAAUCUAAAUUUACGUUUUAUCAAUUCACUAAUUACAUUAUCAAACUCGUACACAUAAUUUGAGUACAAUAUAUCGGAUGAACGUUAUAACGCGAUUUGUAUUAUUAUUAUUAUUAUCAUCAUUAUCAUUAUUUAAGUGUAAUGCUGUCACUUCGAUUCGGUCGCCGUUAACGAACAUAACUUUAUAUAUAUAUAAAUAUAUAUAUACACAUCUAAUAAUAGUAAUUAUUAUUAGUGUUACACGAUAAGGUACCCUAAUGGCGUUUAACGAUGAAAAACUCCCCCUUAUCACAUAGGUGAAAAAAAAUUAUUAUUAUAAUCUAUACAUACACCCAUCCUACGCUCGCUUGCUUUAACAAAUGAAUGUAUAAAUUAAUGAUUAAUACUUACAAAAGGAAAUAAUAGAAUCACGUGUAGGCAUAAGAACACUAAUUAUUUUAACAUGAAAAUUUAUUGAUGGGAAUAAUAGGCGAGGCGAAAUAUGUCAAUGACGUCAAUGGUGGAUCACGUGACUCGCGUGUCCGAGUCUCGCUUGGCGCUUGGAAUUAUCGCGACUCUACCCAUAAAGUGAAAGAAAAUACGUGGCGUCGAUUGGAUGCUGUGAGUGCGAUGACUCGAAAGGAAAAGUAAAGUGCGUUGAGGAAGUGAACGUUGAGAACAAAAAGUGAGCUGUUACGCGAGCAGCAGCGACGAUUUAAUUAACAAAGGAAAUAUUAAUAGUAAUAGUCAGUUCAUCGAUGAAAAUCCUUCCGUUACGUCCCUAUUGUAUUCGUUCCAAUCAUCUACCCGAUCGAUUCCUACUCCUUUAUACCUUUCCGAUACCUUCGAUAAUUCCCUCGAUAACCUCUCCUUUCUCUUUGUUUUGGUUUUCAUUGCGCGCACACGCGUGCUACACGAUACGCCAAUCUGUAGAUAGGUACAUACAGCUUUGCUAAGUGUUUUCUGGUGAUCGGUAUCUAGCCAAAAUGUAGUAACAAACGUUUAUAAUAAAAUGGUGACACGUAUUGUUUCCUAA